AUGAAACCAUUGAUGUAAUAUUUUAGUGAAUCAGAUUGUGAAGUAAAUGAUCAAUCAAUUUGUCAAUCAUUCAGAGGAUUCUUUGAUGAAAAUAGUCAAAUUAAUAGGUAAUCUAUUAAAAUUCAUUAUUUAGAGUUUAAUCAAUUGAUGAUUAAUUUGAAUAGAUUAGUGUCCAAAAUUCUUAGUAAUUUUCUACCAAAUGUUCUUCAAUAGGUGAAAAGAGUCAUAAAUCAGAAUUGAUAGAUGAUUUAGAUGAUUUAAGAUGUUCUGAAAUAGAUCUUAAUGAAGUGAAUACUUUUCAACCUCAGAUUAAAUGUUAAUGUAGUAAGUCAUAGUGUCAAUAAAGUUAUUGUGAAUGUUUUGCAAGAGGUAAAACAUGUAAUAAACAUUGUGGUUGUCAAAAUUGUUAGAAUAAGUAAAUGAAUAGAAAAUUGAAGAAAAUUUAGAAAAGACUUAUUAAACAAAAAAGAAAUAAAUAAAGAACACCAAGAUAUUUAAAAGGAUGUACUUGUGGAAAAUCCAAGUGCUUAAAUAAAUUUUGUAGUUGUCAUUAAGAUGGUAAAUAUUGUAAUUCUGGAUGUAAGUGUGUAGAUUGUAAAAAUAUAUACAAAUUUUCAUUAAAAUCAUAUAAAUCAAUUGAGAAUGUGGAAAUGAAUUUAAUGGAAUAAAAUAAUAUUGUAUAAUUUAUAAUUGGAAGUGAAAAUAGUAGUAAAUUUGAAAUCUUAAAUACCUUUUUAAAAUAAAAUGAUAUAUGA